CCUACUGACAUUUUUAGAUACAUAUAUUGAGGAACAUACACCGACUGACAGCCGUAGGAAAACCAUGGCCGCCGCCGUACUGUCAAAAACCGGUAAUCUCCGCCGCAGUUACCGACUAUUCUCGUCAUCUCUUUUAUCAACAACAAAACCUAACCAUCAUUUCUCAAACCAAAUCCCUAAAACUUAUCUCCACCAAUCGGAUUUAAUAGCAGGAAGAGGAGGAUCAUAUACAAGGUUUAGGUUUUUGUCUACUAAUGCUAAUGCUGGUAAUAAUACUGAAGCUGUCAAACAAACCGCUUCCUCGGAUUCUCAAUCUAAGCAUUCCGAGGAUUCCAAUCAGAAUUCCGAACAGGGGAAAUCUGUUCGCGGCGGGCCUAUUUCUUGGUUGAGCUUUCUUCUUCUGGUUGCCACUGGAGCAGGGGUUGUCUACUACUAUGACCAGGAAAAGAAACGGCAUAUUGAAGAAAUAAAUACUUCUUCUAGUGCUGUAAAGCAAGGACCUUCUGCUGGUAAAGCAGCCAUUGGGGGUCCAUUCAACCUUGUUGACCAUAAUGGGAAAUCUGUUACUGAGAAUGACUUCAAGGGGAAAUGGACCUUGAUAUACUUCGGUUUUACCCAUUGUCCAGAUAUCUGUCCAGAUGAGCUUCAAAAACUUGCUGCUGCAAUCGAUAAAAUUAAAGCAAAAGCUGGUUUUGAGAUAGUACCGGUUUUCAUUUCAGUUGAUCCGGAAAGGGACACUGUAGAGCAAGUUGGCGAGUACGUCAAAGAGUUCCACCCGAAGUUGAUUGGACUUACCGGUAGUCCGGAUGAGAUCAAGAAGGCUGCUCGUGCUUAUAGAGUUUACUAUAUGAAAACAGAGGAGGAAGGCUCAGAUUACCUAGUUGAUCAUUCGAUAAUCAUGUACUUGAUGGAUCCGAACAUGGAAUUUGUAAAGUUUUUUGGGAAGAAUAACGAUGUUGAUGCCCUUUCAGAAGGAAUCAUAAAUGAGAUCAAGCAAUACAAAAAAGCCAGGGCGUAAUGCUCUUAGCAGCAUAUCGGCUGAGGGUGCUCAACUGACGCCCUAUUCAUGGGUAUAUUUUUCUACGUUUCCGAACAAGGAUCAAGACGUUAGUAUUUUUGAGAAAAGUCGUAGUACUAAUUGGAACGAAUCAAGGAGUUCAUGUUUUUAUUAACUUUAUAUUUUUACCUUAUUAAGAAUUUUUGUAGGGAGAGAGACAGAGAGAUGAUUUGGGUAAAAUAAUGAGUUUUGGAGUAGCUACACUGAUUUUUAUUAUUUAAAUACCUACAGCCAUUUUAUCUUUA